GUCAAGUUAAAUGCAUCUCAACCCAAUUUAGAAAAGCCCAAAAGAGAGCCCACUCUAUACGAAGAAACAACAACGAUGACUACAACGUGCAGUAGAAGUCGCAGAAGCAUCAUCCAUGGCGGAACAAAACGAAGAACAACAGAACCUCCCUCAACCUUCCGAUCCCCCGUUACCAUUUGAUCCCAGUCGAAUGGUCGGUAUCAUCAAAAGAAAGGCUUUGAUCAAAGACUUAGCUGCUGCAUACCAUGCUGAAUGUCUUCAAUAUUGUCAAGAGCUUUUGGAACUUCAAACUAAAUGGGAUGAGCCAUUUAUUGACUUAAAACCUCUCGAGGAAUCAAAAAAGGAGCCAUCACGACCCUCUAAACGCAUGAAAAAAUUGCGCUAGGAUGGUUUCUUCGCAACUUAUAUGGUAACAAUAUGCGCCACCAAAUGCUUUUUGGUUGCUGUUGGUGUACCUGUUAAUAUCAGAGCAGAUACCUAAUGUGAUAUUGUUGUACUUUUGCAAAUGCUAGAAACAGCUUCAUGUGAGGUUUCAUGUAUGUUUGCAUUGGCGGUGAUUUUACGUAAUCGCGGUGACACCAUGGUUAUGAUAAAGCUCUUGAGUGUAGCUUUUUAUUAUAACCACAGUGCUUCUGACAAUCUCAACGCCAACCCAAACAUGUACAAACCAAUCCCGGACUUACAAAGCAUGUCCAGUACUUGAUAACAUUUGUGUUGUAUAUAAUAACAUUUUAAUUCCUGCAUUCA